AUGGACCAAACACUAUCAGCAACCGGCACGGUCACUAGCCCACCUGGACCGUCCCUGACUGUCGACCCUCGCCUUCAGACCAUCACGAUACUCACACCCUCCCUGAUGGGGCAAGGAUUCGAAGAAGUGCAAACGACGCCGGCAGAGAUAUCCGACGUGUACUUCCUCGCCUUCAACACCGUCAUCGGCUACAGCACCCAGAUAGGAGCCUGCUUCAUCAUGCUCCUGGUGCUGCUGACCAUGACGGCCAAGGCUCGCUUUGCCCGCAUCCCCACCAUCAUCAACACGGCCGCGCUCGUCGUGUCGAUCAUCCGCUGCACACUCCUCGUCGUCUUCUUCACCUCGACCAUGAUGGAGUUCUACACCGUCUUCAGCAACGACUUUUCCUACGUCCACCCAAACGACGUCCGGCGUUCGGUGGCCGCUACCGUCUUUGCGCCCCUGCAGCUCGCCCUCGUCGAGGCCGCACUGAUCGUUCAGGCGUGGGCCAUGGUCGAGCUGUGGCCGCGCACUUGGAAGUUCAGCGGAAUCGCCUUCUCCCUGCUGCUGGCUACCGUCACCGUGGCUUUCAAGUGCGCAUCGGCCGCCAUCACGAUCAAGAGCACCCUGGAGCCGUUGGAUCCACGUCCGUAUCUGUGGAUCAGGCAGACCGAUCUGGCUUUUACUACGGCCAUGGUCACUUGGUUCUGCUUCUUGUUCAACAUCCGUCUCGUCCUGCACAUGUGGCAAAACAGAAGCAUCUUGCCGACGGUCAAGGGGCUGAGCCCGAUGGAGGUUCUGGUCAUGGCAAAUGGCUUGUUGAUGGUGUUUCCUGUCCUCUUCGCCGGCCUCUACUACGGCAACUUUGGCCAAUUCGAAUCCGCCUCUCUCACAAUCACCUCGGUCGUCCUCGUCCUCCCGCUCGGCACCCUCGUGGCCCAGCGCCUCGCCGUCAACAACACGGUGGCCGGCUCGACGGCCAACACGGACAUGGACGACAAGCUCGCCUUCCUGGGCAACGCCACGAACGUCACCUCCUCUGCGGGGGGCUUCGCCGGCAGCUCGUCCUCGGCCACCCGCUCCAGGCUGGCGUCUCCCAGACAGCAUUCCCAGCUCAGCACCAGCGUCUCGGCGGGCAAGCCGCGCGUCGACCCCAUCGACCUCGAGCUGCAGCGCAUUGACGACGACGAUGAUAGUUAUGACAGGUCCGGUAGCGCGGGUGGUGUGAGGGUCGAGAGGAGCAUUGAGAGGAGGGAGGAGAGGCUCUAA